AUGCCCAGGCCCGGGAAGAGCUCAUACAGUGACCAGAAACCACCCUAUUCCUACAUCUCCCUGACGGCCAUGGCCAUCCAGCACUCGGCCGAGAAGAUGCUGCCGCUGAGCGACAUCUACAAGUUCAUCAUGGAGCGGUUCCCCUACUACCGGGAGCACACUCAGCGCUGGCAGAACUCCCUCCGCCACAACCUGUCCUUCAACGACUGCUUCAUCAAGAUCCCUCGCCGCCCCGACCAACCGGGCAAGGGCAGCUUCUGGGCGCUGCAUCCGGAUUGCGGGGACAUGUUUGAAAACGGGAGCUUCCUCCGCCGUCGUAAACGCUUCAAGGUCCUGCGCCCCGAGCAUCACCUGCCUGGCGGUGGAGGGACGGGCGGCGGGGCGGGCGGCGGCGGCGGCGGCCCCGCCAAGGCCCCGGCGCCUACACCGCACAUGGUGCACUAUUUCCACCCACACCCGCCUCCGCCACCUCCCCCGGGGAAGGUGGCGGGGCUGGCGGGCUCCGAGGCGGCCGUGGCCGCCGCCGCGGCGGCCGCCGCCGUGGGGAGGCUGCCGCAGUUCUCCCCUUACGGGAGCAGCCAGCCCUCGGGCUUCAAGCAUCCCUUCGCCAUCGAGAAUAUCAUCGGCAGAGAUUACAAGAGCGUGCUGCAGGCCAGUGGGCUGCCGCUGGCCUCGGUGAUGCACCACUUGGGCUACCCAGUUCCCAGCCAGCUCAGCAGCGUGGUAAGCUCCGUCUGGCCGCACGUGGGGGUGAUGGACUCCAUGGCCGGCGUGCCCGUGUCCCCUGACUACGGACCCUUUGGGGUGCCCGUGAAGGCACUCUGCCACCCGCCGUCACAGACCAUGCCCGCGGUCCCGGUGCCCAUCAAGCCAGCGCCGGCCAUGCCCGCUGCCUCCGCCAUCCCCACUCUGACGGUGGCCGCCUCGCAAAUCUGCCCCGCCGCCUCCGCGGCCGCUGCCUCGCUGCUGGAACAGACCGCCAGCAACGUCCCCGAGGGCAAGGCCUCCCUCCACUCUGUCCUGGUGCACUCCUAA